UACAAAUCACGAUUGCCCAGGUAGGGGACAAGAGUGUUCUAGUCGAAAAUGUGUUUGUAAAGCUAAUCAUAUUGCAUUGUCGAGCAUAGAAUGCGCACCAGUUUUGGAUGGUUAUUGUGUAAGGGACAAGGAUUGCUACGUCAAGAAUUCAGUUUGUCUAUCAAAUAGAUGUCAAUGUGAAUUCGAUUAUUUGCCGAAUUCUAAGUAUGAGUGUGAAUCCAUUUCGUUAGGAAAAGUGUGUUCGGUGGAUACGGAUUGUGAAAAAAUUAAAAAUUCAAGAUGUUCAGCAGAAAAUAUAUGCACAUGUGGUAUGAAUUACUUUGCAGUUUAUGAAAUUCGUUGUCUACCAACUUUAAGUGGAUUUUGUUUAAAUGAUAACGACUGUUAUUCUGAUUCAUUCCGUUGUACUGAUAAUCAAUGUCAAUGUAAAAGUAAUUACACAGGAGUAUCCGUUGACAAAUGUGUUGAAACUCACUUGGUUAGUUCUUGUACUGAUGUCUCGGAAUGCAGUGAUUCAUGGCAUUCAGCCUGUUCACUUGAAGGAAAAUGUAUUUGUGCAUUAAAUAAUAUAGCAACCAAAACUUCAACAUGUCUGCCAAUUUUAAACGGAUAUUGUUGGAAAGAUGAUCAAUGCAUGGUUAUGUACUCUGUUUGCAAUAAUUUCCGAUGUCAAUGCAAACCAAAUUUCAUCGCUGUCGCUAAUAAUCUAUGCAUGCCAGUUAACUAAAAGAAAAUCUGAGUAACAGUGGAUCCUAUGAACCAUUUUCAACUUUGUUUCUGUAGAUU